AUGUUGAAAUUUGAAAAGGACAGAUAUUUUCAUAAAAGCCCAGAAUAAGUAUUAAUAGUUAAUUUAUCAGAUAAGAAGAGAGAAAUUAAAUUUGAAAAUGUAAAAUGUUAAAGAUGAUUAAUAAAAUGGUGUAAUCAAAUAUUUUAUGGAAAACAAAAGUUCAGACUAACUGCAAUCUCCUGUUCAUAAUGUUUAAUAUUCCAGUUUUAAAAAUAAACCUAAAAUGAUACUUUAUCGCACUCUUUAAAAAGUACAAGUUGAACCUGAAGUUAAGAUAGACUAAAUUAAAGAAUUAAGAUGGACAGUAUUAUCUAAAAAUUGUUAAAACUUACUAGAAUUAAGUCGAAUUGCCCUUGAUAAACCAAGUGAAUUUAAAUUUAUUCCUCAAUCUCCUUUACCAUCUAAAUCAACAUCUAAUCCUAAAAUUAAAUUUCUAUCUAAAAGAUAAUCUAUUGAACUUCGCUUAGGAGAUUUAAUUACUCCACCUACUUCUUAACCUAAACCAACCCCUAAAAUAUUAUAAGAUCCAUUCUAUAUCAAAUUUAAGAAAUUUUAUUAAAAAAUUGGGUUGCAAGUUAAGGAACCUUUAAAAUUUAAUUUCAAUCCAGAUGAUAGAUAAAAUUUAUAAAAUGUUCAAAAACAAAUUAAUAAAAAACAUCGAAGUCUGCAUCUUUCUCCAUAAUAAUCAAGUUUGAAUUUCUCUCAAAAAAAACCAAACAAUGCUUAUUUUCUUUAAGAACUUUUGAAAGUCUCCUCCAAUGCUUAUAGAUUCCAAAUUAAUUUAAAAAAAGAUCAAUCAGAUAAUAUUGAAAUAACUAGCUAAAAAUUAAACAAUAUUUAAUCAGAAUUUGAUAAGUUCCAUUAACUAUUAAAUUAGUCUGAUUCGUUUUGA